AUGGUCAUCUUCCUGCACGGGCUGCUGCCCGGCCGUGCAGAAAAGAAGGGCACCGGGAGGGGCCGUGGUGCUCCCUGGCCUGUUCCCCGGUGGUGCAGGAAGGGGUGCCGGUGGCAGUACGGGCAGGACGCGCAGCGGCGGGCGGAGUGCGAGCGCGAGUGCCAGGAGCGGCACCGCCAAGGCGAGCGGGAGGAGGACGAGGACGAGGACAAGGACGUGCUCGGCUCCGGGAGGGGCGAGUGCCGGCGCAAGUGCGCGAGACGCUACGAGGACCAGCCAUGGCGGGUGCCGAAGUGCGUGAGCAGGUGCCGCCGCCGCGCCGUGGAGGAGGAGGAGGAGAACGAGGGCGGGCGCGGGCGCGAGUGUCGGGAGCGCUGCCACGCCGGGGACUGGCGGGAGAAGCAGCGCUGCCUGAAGGAGUCCCGGUGCCGGGAGCAUGGGGACAGCAACCGUUGCCCGUGCACGUGCUAGAGGCGGUGCGAGCGCCACGACGACGAGGGUAGCAGGCGGAGCCGCCUGCUUCGAGGCGUGCGAGCGUCGGGAGAGGGAGGAGCUGGCCGCCGUGCGGUGCGACGAGGAGAAGCUGUGGGGCCGGGGCCCCGACGCCGGCGAGCUGGCCGCCGUGGCCAUAGCCGGUGGAUGGCCCAUCUGUCUGAGAGAGAGAGAGAGGAGAGGGUGGAAGGAGAAAAGCUAAC